AGUGACUUCGCACGUUUAACUCGAUAAGCUACAUGUCGCUAAUAAAUUUACAUUAUGUAAACUAAAGUCGUGUUAUUUUUGUUGCUCAAUUGUGGUUGUGCUUGGCUAGUUAAGCGUUUAUGUUUUGUUACAAAACGAUCACAUGGCUUGAUAUUUUAAAAAAUAAUCAAUAUAGUGAAUUGCAUACACCUGCCUGUAGCCAGUUUAUGAAGUGACACGGCUAAAAUGAUAGAUUGCAGAAUGUUAUACGUAUUCGCGACGUUGGUUCUUGCAGCUACCGUUCAUGGCCGUUAUGGAACCCGAUACGAAGCCCAACUGGGAUUCACUGGACGCAAGGCCUCUACCAAGUUGGUACGAUGAGUCGAAGAUCGGUAUAUUCCUACACUGGGGUGUAUUCUCAGUGCCUAGCUUCGGCGACGAAUGGUUCUGGUACUACUGGCGUACAGGUGCGAAACAGUACGUCAACUACAUGGCGGAGAACUACAAGCCGGACUUCACAUAUCAAGACUUCGCCGCUGACUUCACGACAGAUCUCUUCAACCCGAACGAGUGGGCCGAGAUAUUUAAAGCUUCCGGUGCAAAGUAUCUGGUCCUGACCAGCAAGCACCAUGAAGGGUUCACGAACUGGCCUUCCAAGUAUUCCUUCUCAUGGAAUUCCAUGGACGUGGGGCCUAAACGGGACCUCGUUGGCGAGUUGGCGGCCGCCAUACGUAACAGGACGGACAUUCACUUCGGCGUAUACCACUCGCUGUUUGAAUGGUUCAAUCCCCUGUUCCUGCAAGACCAAGCGAAUAACUUUGCCACCAGGGACUUCGCCCUUCGUAAGGCGAUGCCAGAGCUGUACGAGCUGGUGGAGAGGUAUCAACCGGAAGUGAUCUGGUCCGACGGCGCCGCCGCCAUCGACACCUAUUGGAACUCUACGGGAUUCCUGGCAUGGCUCUACAAUGACAGUCCAGUGAAGGACGUGGUCGUGACCAAUGACAGAUGGGGGACUAACACGGACUGCAAACAUGGCGGAUUUUUUUCCUGCACGGACCGUUAUAAUCCCGGGACACUACAAAAGCACAAGUGGGAAAACGCCAUGACAAUCGAUAAGUACUCGUGGGGUUUCCGUAGAGAGGCCAGGCUGGCCGACAUGCUCUCUAUGGAAGAGCUGUUGAGUGAGGUUGUCUCAACUGUCAGCUGCGGCGGGAACAUUCUCAUCAACGUGGGUCCCACGAAGGACGGUCGGAUAGUGCCGAUAUUUGAGGAGCGACUCCGCAGUCUGGGGCAGUGGUUGAACGUGAACGGAGCGGCGAUAUACGGGACCUCACCCUGGGUCUACCAGAACGACACCGUCACUAAGAAUGUCUGGUACACGUCGAAGAAAAACUCCCAAGGCUCACUAGAUGUGUUCGCCAUCUUGCUUCAAUGGCCCGACCCUGGGAAUUUCUUUCUGGGCAGCCCCACACCCACACAGAACACCGAGGUCACGUUGCUGGGUUACGACACACCGAUCAAGUGGACCGCAUCCGCCGCGCAUGCGCAGGGAAUCACUGUGCUGAUUCCCGCCAUACCGUUCAACAAGAUGCCGUGCAACUACGCCUGGGUUCUGAAGUUGGAGAACUUGGCGUCAUUGCCGCGUCAUUAUGCUCUUGACGAGUAUUAGUAAAGUAGGAACGGAGGUCACGGUUCAUGAUUGGAACCUUUUUUUUUCAAUAUGCUGAUGAUGAUCGACAUUGUCUUGGGUAAAAGAAAAUGUUUGUUCCCAAGAAAAUGUUUAUGCCCACGGGGUCUAAAUCCAAGAUGGCCGACCAAAACAUAGGAAAUACAGUUUUUUCGCAAAUGACACAAACAACAUAUAUUUUCCAUAUUUUUUGUAAGCUCUUUGUAAGGCAAUUGAGAACAUAUUAUUCUUAUUAAAAAAAGAGUAUUUUUUUUGGUGAAAUAUUAAACAUUGUAUAAACAAAAUGACUAUAUUCAUGAGAAAAAGGUACACAAAACAUGUGUUUUUGUGCUUCUGACAUGUUCAAUUUGUACCUGAAAAACAGUUUAGAUACAAGUAUCAUCCUAACUACAUUUAUGCGCACCCAUGGGACGUAGGAAUAUAAAUAUAUACUAUUUUAUGUGAAUAUGAUAAUAUAAGUGUGAUUUGUAGGACAAGAAAAGUGGGUGGGGUCAAUGAAAAAUAUAAAGAAAAAAUGCCUCAUGUGCAUAUUGAUAUAUUUUGAGAUAUACGAGGCUUGUUAACUUGUUAUGUUUAUGUAUUUGGAUCAUUUUUCUACUUUUAAGUGCAUGCACUUUGUUUUAAAACAUAAAAUGCAUUUCUCUUAAUUAUAAAAGUAAAAAUUAAAGAUAACAAAUCAUAUAUCAACAAAGGGUUUUAAAAUCUCUCACAUUGAGCUCUAGUAGUAUCAGGGGCUCACGCUGCAUGAUUAUAAGAUUGUAUUUGAAAAUGCUUAUGAUAAUCCACAUUGUCUUGGGUAAAAUAAUAUUUUUGUUCCAAAAUUUUCUUUAUGCUCAAGGGGUCUAAAUCCAAGAUGGCCGCCAAGAUGGUCGACCAAAAACCUCGAAAAUACAGUUUUUUCCAAAAUGACACAAACAACAUAUAUUUUCUACGAUUUGUGUAACCUUUAUAAUAUAAUCAAUGAAGAACAUAUUACAUUUUGUAUUCUUAUUAGACAGAAAUUAUACAUUGAAACACGAAUUCCUAUCUUCGAACUUCUCGUACGUAUACGAGAUAUUUUUAUGCCCCCGGUUGGGUGGCGUAUAGCAGUUGAACUGUCCGUCAGUCAGUAUGUCAGUCUGUCUGUCCGUCCGAAAAAAAACUUUAACGUUGGCCAUAACUUUUGCAAUAUUGAUGAUAGCAACUUGAUAUUUGGCAUGCAUGUGUAUCUCAUGAAGCUGCACAUUGUGAAUGGUGGAAUUUCAAGGUCAAGGUCAUCUUUAAGGUCAAAGGUCAAAAAAAAAUUUUAUUUCAAAGCGGCGCAAUAGGGGGCAUUGUGUUUCUGACGAACACAUCUCUUGUUAGUUAUAAAAACACAUUCCACGUGUUUGUAUCCAUGUUAUACUUGCAACUCACUUUGUAUUUUUGAAAUUAUUCUCAAAACUUCGUUCUUAAUGUCGAAAUCCUGUUCUGUGCAAUUUUUGUUUUGUUUAUGUAGGGACUUUUUGCAUUUAAUAGAUACUUAUAAUCUGUUCUCACAGUUUACACUUUGUAAUGGUUUCUUAAAGUUUCUUAAUAAAUGUGCAUUUUGA